AAGGAAGCAGAUAGUAGCAGAUAGUAGAUCCACACUGUGCUGGACUCCCUCCCUCCCCAAGCUCCCACAGCCAGCUGGGACAUUUGCAUACGGAGUGAAGGAGGGAGAGAGGGAGAAAAGAAGGGAAGGAGGGAGAGAGAGGGGGGGGUAGCACCAGACACUCCCACUGGCUAUAAAGCCUAACCAUACCGAACCUCUCAGACAGAAACCACAUGUGGAUCUGAGCACUGGGAGAGAGAGUGUAAAAGAGAGAGAGAAAGUGCAAGGGACAGACGUGGAGCCGAGCUGAGGGAGCCACGCAGACGUGGAUCUGAGAGGAGAGAGCAAGAAAGAGAGAACGAGAGAGAGAGAGACAAAUAGUAUCCUGAGAGGAUCUGAGAAACACAGUGGGACCUGACAUUCCUCCAUUUGGUUUCUCACCUAGAGAAAGGAAAGUUAAAACUCCACAUGGGACUUUAAUGAGAGAGGAACCACGCCAUACUGGAUUGGAGUGCAUCGGAGUCAAAGGAUUUAGAGAGAGAUACUGAGGUAACACUUGUUACUUUUUCCUGUGUGAUCAUUGAACUAUACAUGCAUGUCCAGGUGUCACAGCAGUAAACAAAGCCCUGAGUAGAGAUAGAGCUAGUUGACUGUUGGAACUGCAGAGCACAGUGACCAUGUCCUUCGCCAUGGUGCGGCCGGCACCCAACCGGUACCUAUACUCAGACAUCUCCAUGUUGUCCGAGGACGAGGAGAAUGGAAGCGAAAGCUCGGGCUCGGACGACCGCUCCUUCAGGCUGGACGCCAGAGGCUAUGACAUCAAAGUCGGGGGCCGCAAACGGAAGCCGGGCAGUGCUGGAGCAGGGCGUCUGGGAGGGGGUCAGCUCCCGCCUCAGAUGCUGCUCUCGCAGGACGGCUCCAUCUCUCCGACGACUGGGCUGCCGCGGCAGCGCAACGCAGCCAACGCGCGGGAACGGGACCGCACCAACAGCGUGAACACGGCCUUCACCGCCCUGCGGACCCUCAUCCCCACCGAGCCAGCCGACAGGAAGCUGUCCAAGAUCGAGACGCUGCGGCUGGCGUCCAGCUACAUCUCCCACCUGGGCAACGUGCUGCUGGUCGGGGAGACAUGCGGGGACGGGCAGCCAUGCCAUGCUGGAGCGACCUCCUCUGCCCACUAUUUACAUCAGCAUGGAUCCCCGGCCCACGACGCAGAGAACUCCCAGCCUAAACAGAUCUGCACAUUCUGCCUCAGCAACCAAAGGAAAAUGAGCAAAGACAGAGACAGGAAAACUGCUCUAAGAAGUUAAUAUCUGGAGGACGACAGAGGGAAGAAACUGCCUUGAUGAGCACAACAUAUGAACCAGAACUGUGGACCAGAAACGUGACAUUCUUAAAGGUGUACAUAAAUCAAAACCUGUAUUUAAUUAUAACCCCCCGUCCCCCAAAAAAAAAUCUGAACUGAGAUGCUAAGUGUAGUUUCUGACGAGGUAAUCAUUUUUGGAUGGAAAGAGACUGGAACUUCUUGGACAAUGGAAGCAUGCCCGGAUUCAAAGAGGAGAUCGAGAAUAAUCAUCCCUCUUAAAAACAUUCACCACUUCUCCAUUCCAUGAUCUCUCAAAGACUUGAACAGGGAGAUGAAAAAGAAACACACAAAAAUAACAUUGCUCUCAUCUUUUCUUUACCUGAGAACGUCUGCAUAUGAAACGUAAUAACCACAACCCUCUCUGCAUGAGACAGACACCCAGACAGUCGGUAAGGACUCAGAUGAGCCACGGUGGAACUAAAAGGGCUGUGGUAAGGGGGGUUGUAAUGGAAAGGGCAGGCAAAACUGGAACCCAUGGUUGACUGUAUCAGGCUACUUGCCGGAAAGUAAGCAAACUGUUCCACAAGCCAAAUAUAUAACACAGCUUUCACUUCAAAUGUAACUGGGUUUUGUGGUCAGGGAGUUUCUACCCCGACAGACAACUGCCUUUCUCCUGAAGAUAAAUCCUCAGCAUUCUGUCUUAUGUAAUUUGAUGUUCUGUACAAUAUUUGUAAGAAUCUGUUCAAAUUCAUGUCUAAAUAAAUAUGCUUAUGAAUUAAUUAAGUUUAUUUCAAACAGGUAAGAUUCUUUUAUUUUAUUGUUAUUUUGCAAUUCCCAGUGAAAAAGAAAGUACUUAAAUUUCAAUGUGUUUUUCAGUCUGCUGAUAAAUAUGAUAUUUCUUCCA